GGCGGCGGCCGUGACGGCGGCGGCGGCGACGACGACGACGACGGGCCGAGGGCGGGAGGAAUGAGGCGGACGAGGCGGGACAGCGGCAGAGCCGUGUAGCGGAGAAGCGGCUCCUUCCCCUCCUCCCUCCCGGCGCGGCCUGCAGACCCCGACCCGGCCCCUCGCCCCGGCGGCCCCUCCCCCUGCCGCGACCCCGCGACCCCGCGACCCCGGGCCCGGCGAUGAUGAAGCUCAAGUCGAACCAGACCCGGACCUACGACGGUGACGGCUACAAGAAGCGGGCCGCGUGUCUGUGCUUCCGCAGCGAGAGCGAGGAGGAGGUGCUGCUGGUGAGCAGUAGUCGUCAUCCAGACAAAUGGAUUGUCCCUGGAGGAGGCAUGGAGCCUGACGAGGAGCCCGGCGUGGCUGCUGUUCGAGAAGUGUGUGAAGAGGCUGGAGUGAAAGGGACGUUGGGAAGAUUGGUAGGCGUUUUUGAGAACCAGGAAAGGAAGCACAGAACAUAUGUCUUUGUGCUUAUUGUCACAGAAGUGCUGGAAGACUGGGAGGACUCUGUCAGUAUUGGAAGGAAAAGGGAUUGGUUUAAAAUAGAAGAUGCCAUAGAAGUGCUGCAGCAUCACAAACCCGUGCAGGCCUCUUACUUUGAAACCUUGAGGCAAGGCUGCCUGGCAAACAACGGCACCCUGGUUAUGGGCACUACGUACUCGGUUACUAGUCAGAGCUCGGUGCCAGACAUUAGAUGACUGAAGACAUCCUCCUAAGAAAAACAGAAAUUGGAAAAUAGACUGAAAUCCGGAUCUCCUUCCUCUCCCUGAUUCUCUUUUCCCCCAUCUUCACAUGCCUCCUCUUUCAAACAGCCUGAAACAGAGGAAGUGUUCUUUGAUAAUGUUGCUGUUUGGUACUAAGUGGAGCUUUUUUUCCUUUUUUCUUUUUCUAAAAAAUCCUCUUUAGGGGGCUAAGGGUGGGAUGGGUCUGUAUUUUGUAAAGUGUAUUUUGUGCAUGACGUGUCCUUUCCCUUCUCUGUGAAGAGAGACGGGCAGCUUCUCCUCUGCUUUGCACUCUGAAGCGUUCCUAUCUGUCCAAUUCCCAUCCUGGCCAGACAUUUUCCUCUUUUUUAAACUAAAAGAUACUAAUGCAAGACCAUCUCUUCCAGGAGUCUGCCCUGUAAUGUACUGUUCAGACCUGCAAGUUGGUCGUGUUCAGUGUACAAUGCAUUUAUAUACACAUUAUAUAUUGGCAUAUAAUAUGUAAAUAAAUGAUUGUAGGAGGACACAUUUAAGAGUCUAAUUUUGCAGAAUUUCUUUCACUUGGCGUGCUUCAGAGGAGAAGAGAGUUUCUUAAGUAAUCUGCCUAGUAGGGUUAAGCUUAUUUUUUUUAACAGCCCUAGGCCAGUUUCCCUGUUCAUUCUUCAGCUUUCCCACCCUUGGUCAUUUGCUAUGACAACCUGGGUAAGGAAAGAAUUGGAGGACCUUCAGACUGCCCCUGGUGCUCACAACCUUCUGUCAUCUACGUUGGUGUUGCUACUCUGUCCGAAGAAAACAUGAAGAACACUUUACUUCUUAUUACCCAGGCAGGAGGAGCAAGUAGCCCCAGUCUAGAUCCAGUGAAAGAAUGAUACAGUUGAAUCUCAGCCUGCCCUGAUGACGAUGGGGAUUUGAACUGGAGCUCUUGGGAUUAAAAUCUCUAAAGAACUGGAAUAGCCAACGCCAAUUCUGUCCUGUUUGUAGUUGAGGAUCUCUCUCCCUCCUUUUGUCCAUAUGCCUUAUUGUGCUGAACUGGAUAUCGUAUUUGUGCUAAAGCACCCGACUGUGCUUUCCCCAGUGUAGCCGCACGUGUUCCUCCUCUUCUGUGUGAGGGCAACUGUAUUGUGUCCCCCAGAAGAAGCAUAUGAGGGGAGAAUUCAUGUGCCCACUGUCGUGUUUGUGGUGUAGCAGCACUUGUAAUUUUACCAUGGAGCAUGCUCAAAAUACUGUCUCCUGCUGUGUGGAUGUGAAAGGUACAGCUUCUGCCCAGAAGUACCAGUGUAGAGGACUCUUAAUCAUUUAUUAGAAUAGCUACAUGAUGUAUUGGCACACUUUAAACUCUUGUGUUGGUUUAGUGAUGUUUCAGAAUGUCUUUAUUUGCCAACUGUGCUGUUUAGUUGGGAAAUAAAAGGGAGAUGGUUGUGAGUUUGGGGGAUGGGCGGGGGCAGGGCAUUAGUUAAUCCCUGGCUUGGGACAGGAGGUUGUUGCUAGGUUCUUAGUAGCAUCUCCUUUGUCAAAACAUAGCCAAGAUGUGAAAUUAAAUCUGCAAUACUCUUUUAUUUAAUAAUUCUAAUAAAUAUGUAGACUUUCAAAAAGGGUUUUUUCUUCCCUCCCAUUAAAAGAGGAACAAAUAAGUCUGGUAGACCUAUCAAUUUAGGUGUCUGACUCUGGAGAAGAAGGUAGCCGAUUUUAGAAGCUUUCAGACAGGAAGAUCGCAGCAAAGCAAAGCUUUGAACUACAGGGCCAAAAAGCAGUACUAACAUUUUGUCAAAAUAUAGUAAUCCCAUACUAAUAAAGUCGUUUAUGUCCAUGGUUCAGGAUGAAAUAGAGCAUUACACUUUGAGUCUAAAUGCUGAACUUGGUUUUCCAUGCAGCCGUUUAGAAAUGAAUAAACCAUCUCUUUUUAAGAAUCCCACCCCCACUUGAAAGCCCUCCGAGGCCCUGCCUAAAAAUGCCAAGAAAAACAAAAACAGAUCAAACAUUCAAGGCCUAAGUAGCAUCCCAAGUACACAGCCAUCUACUGCUGCGGUCACUUCUGUCUGCCUUUUCUUAAAAGGCACCUUUAACGGCAUUUUGAAAAUGUUGUUGGUCUGUUAAAUUCAAACAUAAGGGCAGAACGCUGUUAAUGAUUGCUGGUGGCUUUGUUGUUUGGGUCAGGAAAAUGGGUUGCAAGGAAGUAUUUUAAUGUAGCAUGAAUUAAUGCUAUUAAUGCCCUUAGCUGGCGGGGCUUGUACCCAUAGUUAAAAUUAGUGCAUUGUAGUUCACUUCCAGUGAAUGUAGGUUUUGUUUUUCCUUUCCGUAUCGCAGAUUCCAUUCCUGUCCUUUUCAGUAUGGAUUGGAAAUCUCUUACGAUAGAACAGGUGGCUUGAUCUGAUAGACGGAUCCCUUGACUUUUAACUUCCUUAGCCCCAUAUCCCCAAAGAAAACAAGGAACAAGAAAGUGCAUACAUAUACGUAAACCAUCUAUGUAAUACUUAAGAACAUACCCUGCUGAUUUGGCUCAUAUUUCAGGAGCCGCGUACAUUGUGUCUACUGAGUGACCACCCUCUAGAAAAGAGUAAAAAUGGGUUGGCUCUUUUUUUCCUUUCAAAAAUAUUUUAAAAUUUAUGUUCCCUUUUUACCUUUAAAAGUUUGUGAAGAUUGCAGCCAUUUGGUAAAGCUUCUAAUUGGGUCUGAGGCUUCAUUCAUUGGGUGCCAGUAGGACUGUCCCCCCUUUCCUGGAGACAAAGAAGGGGGUGGGGAGUGUGCAUGCGUUUGUGUGUGUGAUAUACCUAACACGAAAGUGCGGUCAUUGAAUCGACUUUUCUCGAGUCAGAUGCCGAUGCUCUGUUGUACAGAAAUUCCCUUGCUGUGGCCCUGUGAAAUUGGGGAAUUGAAAUGGAUCAAAGAGAUGAGACACUUGGGUUUUUCUAAGAUUGCGUAGUUUCAGAGUCGUUGCUCUGCACAGUUUGCGAGGCCACGUCACAUGUGCUGCACAGCUCAGCAGUAGGACUGUGCUCUCAACCCCAAGUCCAGGGCUAGAAAACACCUCCGUGGAAGUAACAUAAAGUAGUUGAGGUGUGUGAUACGGGAGCUUUGCCAUCCUGUUUGUACAGUCAAAUUCCUCUGUAGUGAAAAAAUGUUGGUUAGUAGCCCAUGCUAGACCCUUUUACUCAGAAGAAAAGAAUAUUUUAGUCUUUGUGGUUUAUAAGGAAGGGGGGGUGGGGGGAGUCGUGUAAUGGAGACUUCUGGGUAGGGUACAUGCUCAAGGCUUCUAUUUACCUUCUUAAACAGGCACCUUUUAGACCCAAGUAUGUAAUCUGCUUUGUGUACUGAAAAAUCGAUAAUUUCCAUUGAAUGCGCUGAUGCCUUUAAGUCUGAAUAACAGUUUUCCCCCCACUUCCUUUUCCUUUAAAUCAGUUUAUUCUGAGCCAUGUUUACUUUUAAAAUUAAUAAAGAUUUCGCAACCAUAAUGUGCUCCCUACCUA